UUUUUUCGCUCACGGAACACCCAAGAUAUGCACAACGCAUUAUGAGCAAUUCUUGGUUAACUUUCCGAUCAUUAUGCGUUGCGGCUUUUGUUCUGCGCGUUGUGUUGCUAAUCUACGGCGAAUGGCAAGAUGCGCACUUCACAGUAAAGUACACGGACAUCGACUAUAUUGUCUUUACAGAUGCUGCACGUUAUAUUACCCAAGGGUUGAGCCCCUACGAACGAGCCACAUACCGAUACACCCCGCUUCUGGCCAUAAUGCUGACACCGAAUAUCUACCUUUUCCGCGCCUUUGGCAAAUGCGUUUUUGCUUUGGCUGAUCUCGCGGUGGGCUAUUUAAUUCAUCGUAUUCUUUUGCAACGUGGAUUGCCAACGAAAAAGGCGCUAUGGUUGGACGCCUUGUGGCUGCUGAAUCCAAUGGUGGCGAAUAUUUCCACGCGCGGCAACGCCGAGUCAUUAUUGGGUGUCAUGGUGCUUGGCACCCUUUAUUUGGUCAUGCUCCGUCGAUUCUAUCCUGCAUGCUUUUUAUUCGGAUUGGCUGUUCAUUUCAAAAUAUAUCCAGUCAUUUACGCGAUACCGAUCCUGUUCUUGAUGGACGAGCAUUACGGCGAUCCCGUAGAAUGGCCACAGAUGGUAUGGACGUACCAGCAAGCAAGGCUCCGAUGUCUUCAGUUUUAUUUGCAGGACCAUGAUCAGAGUGAUGGAUGUAGGAUUCGCGAACCCGCGGAUCAAACCGACGCGAACCGAACCAACGCCCUCUCGCAAAACACCUCCUGCAUUGCCAAAACGAAACGUGUUAUCAACCGCUGUGUCCUGUUUCUUUCGCCGACCCGCAUCAUGUUUGGUCUCGUCAGUGCGGCUGCAUUUUUUGGCAUUACUUGGUUCAUGUAUCAGAUGUAUGGCGACGAAUUCCUGGAACACACGUAUCUUUAUCAUAUCACUCGAAAAGAUCAUCGUCACAACUUUUCCGUGUGGUUUUAUCAGAUGUAUCUUGCAUUUGACGCAUCGAUCAUGGGUAAAAUGAUGGGAUUAAUGGCGUUUCUGCCUCAAUUACUGCUUGUGGCGAUUGUGGGUAUCGCUUUUGCCAAAGAUAUAUUCUUUGCUUGCUUUAUCCAAACUUUCAUCUUUGUCACUUUUAACAAAGUGUGCACGUCACAGUAUUUCAUGUGGUACCUUUGUUUAUUCCCGCUCAUUCUACCUUCAACGGCGCUACAUCUUAAAUGGAAGGGGUUGGCGCUCAUUUUAGCAUGGGUGGCUGGUCAGGUACGUUUGAUUUGUAUUAAAUUAUUGAAUGGGACCGUCUCAUCCAAGGUUUUAUCGCUCAUAGGGGAUCUGGCUUCACUUUGCAUACCGGCUCGAAUUCUUGGGGGAAAAUACAUUUUUCAACCUCUGGUUAUCAGGAUUAACCUUCUUUGUGGUCAAUUGCUGGAUUGUGGUGGAGCUUAUACUGCAUCAUCAAUUUGAAUACCUGUACGGCAGCCGAGGCCGUAUUCGCUGGGUUUGGGGCAUGGGUGAUCCGGAAGGAUCGCCGUGAGCUUAUCAUAUGUACUAGUCAGCUAAAUCGGAUGUAUGUUGUUUCACUGUAAGAGAUAGUCGCGAAUACCUUUGUACAACUCAUGUAACUUGUAAACACUACUUGGUCUGGUCACAAAACAGCAGACAUAAAAAACUUAAUAGAAUGCCAA